AUGUAUUCUUCAAAUGAAAGACUUGCGGUUCAAGAAUUUAUGCAUUCUUUCCGAAAAAGAUUAUCAAGCAUCAAACCAAACUUCAGGCUUUUCAAAUAUCCCUAUGCUGAAUCUAAUAAUAAAGAAUCAAAUGAUGAUGAGAAAGAAACUGGUAUAUCGACCAAUAUGUCAGCUCUAUUUGUAAGCAGUGCUAUUACUGGCAGUGCUAUUUUAUAUUUACCUUUGGCACUGAAAGAGUCAGGUUGGCUUGGUGUUUUUAUGAUCAUAAUUUGUGGAAUAAAUUCUCUUUACGCCGGUAUGAUUCUUGGAUGGUGCUGGAAUAUCAUGCAAGAAUCGUGGCCAGAAUAUAAAAAGCCAAAUGAAAUUCCCUAUCCAGAAAUGGGACGAAGAGCUGUGGGAGACUGGAUGAAGUUUAUGGCUAUUAUUGAUGUUUUUUGUUCAUCGUUUUUCAUACUUCUACUACUCAUUGGUUUCUUUUUCGACAAGGAAAGAAUAGGCCCAGUGAAGUAUCCGCCACCAACAUUUUCAAGUUUUACGAUGUCUUUCGGUUCUUUGAUGUUUUCGUAUGCCGGGGGUGGCGUGUAUCCUACAAUACAAAAUGCCAUGGAAAAUAAAAAGAUGUUCCCUCAGUCUGUAUUCACAGGAUUCCUUUCAUAUGGUCACAGUUUGGGGAGUGAUAUUACACAGACCCUUGAGAAGAACGAAAAUUUAAAGGGUCUUGCACAUUUCUUGCAAGUUCUAAGCUUAACCCAACUUACGACGACACUCAUCAUAUAUUUGAAUCCAACGUUCCAGAUUCUAGAAUAUCUGCUGGAAUGUCCUAAGCGUAAAUCAACCUUGAGGAAACUCCUGCAAUUGAAUGAUUCUUCGAGACGGCCAGGGGAGUGA